CAUGCUCUUACAAUGCAUGGUGAUGUAGACUUUAUCUUCACUUGCCAUCUUUGCAAGUGUUAACACAACCGUAGUAGAACUUUACAUCACUUUCUUUCUCUAUAAUAGCCUAAAUCACUGUUUCUGAACAUUAUUCCUACUGAAAGCAAUAUUACACGUAUAUCGGCUUAAAGUGAGAAAGCCACCUGCAUAUAAUAGCAUGUGUAGAGAGAUUGUGUUUGAGAAUGGGGAAGAGACAGAAAGCAUCACUAUGUGUCGCAUUCUCGAGUUUGCAGCCAGUCGGAGUGGAGCGAGUUCAAAGCUCAGACUGAAAGCCAGUCUCACUGAUGUGCGCUCGCUCACGGCGGCGCGCGCUGGAGGGCUGUAAGAGGGGGAGGGAGCGUCGUUCCUCUCGGUCUUCACGACUAAGCCCUGCGGAAGUGGAUGGCGGGAGAGGGUCAUGAAGGUAAUCGCUACCUUUAAGCUGGAUUUGGGCGGCUGUUACCGCAGAAGGAGCGCGCCCUGCCCAUCAAUUAUUCAUCCGUUGGGGAAGCGGUGGGAAACGGCGGCACGGCACGUGGCUCCGCACAUCCUCCGUUCUCCGAGCAGCCAUCGGCGAGUCAUGUCCCAGUGUGAGGGCACUUCAAGAAGAGCUGGCGAAGAGGACCAAGGAGGAUGAAGGAGGGUGACGGGCCGGACGAGGCAGAGGAGGAUUAUAAUGAAGUUGAGUGGGAAAGGAGCGUGCGCCGUGGUCUCCAGCAGCCUGCUGUUCGCGUGCGCCGUGAGCGCGGCAGUGGUCGGGUUCGAGUGUCUCUCUCUGGGAGCCAAAGUGAAGGCGCACUUCCAGCUGAGCGCGGCUGCUGGCGCCUUUUACUCUGGAAUCCUGCUCGGACUUGGACAGGCACUGCUGGCCAUGGCGUUGCUCUGCUGCAAGGGCAAAACUGCGUGUCGCAAUUUUUUCCUCUUCGGGCUCCUUGUGUUUCUGCUCGGCGUGCUCACGGCGUUCUCGGGCGCAGUGGUGGACGGCGACGCCGUGUCGCUCGUGGAGCGGAAGUACUCGCGCUACUGCUUGGACACAGUGGAUGUACCUGCGGCGUGCGGGCGCCUGAAGGAUUACCAGCGCGGCCUGGUGGCGUCCACCGUGCUUAACGCGCUCGAGUGCCUCAUUGGGCUUGUAAACCUGGUGGUCAUCAAGCGCUACCAGGCGGCGCAGUUUUACCGGAGGCGCCGAGCGCACAGGCGCAGCGCGCGCGCCGUCUUGCUGGCCGAGGAGCGCGAGCUCACCGUGGCCGCCGACUUCCGGUCGGUCUCCUAUAUCAGCCUAGCGGUGUGCGGCUCCCAGGCGCGGGAGGACGGUGCCGAGGCGCGGAAAAGCGGCCACCCGUCUAUCGAACUACCGGGCUACGCGCCUGUCCAAAACGAGCUCCAGCACGUGUACGGUUUCUCCUACCCGCCCGCUAACGACUCACCGCCGGCCUACGAGGACAUAUUCCCCGGAGAAAGAAGGAACAAAGCGUUAGAGUGUUAAAACAGAGAGAAAGUUCCAAAACCACCUCUCUAAUCUGCAGUGACAAUCACUGGCGGUUUGGCCCUGGACAUCAGACGCACGCGUCUCAGCGUCUCUCUCUUCUGCUGAAUAAUGAGCUGACUGUGUUAACGCAUUGCUCCCUUUUUUUCAUGGGAAGUGGGCAAGUAAGUACAUGCUACCCUCAGUGAACUGCCGUUAGGAAAACUGAACUGAAAUGGUAAGAGAUAUAUUCAGAUCACAAAUCUAAAGGCUUAAUGACUUUUCACCACGGCGUUUGUUUUGAACCUCUGACUGUACCCAACAUCUUAUGCCCAUGUAAGUUGGUUAAUGUCACUCCGUUGUUUUGUUGUCAUAUUUCCUCCGUUUGGUUCAUGAAUAAAAAAAGUGUAUUCACAUUUCUAUGACGUAGCUAUUUAAUGCAAAUUAUAUCAAGCCAAAAAAAAAAAAAAAAAGCACAACUCUUCUUAUUUCAGGAAUGAAUCACAUAAAGAUGGUGGCCUGUGCGCCUCUGCGGUUCUUUGGCCUACUUUGUCACCAGGUAAUUAGGCUAGCAGCAAACAGGUCUUUGAAAUGCACCUGGGUUUCUUUUCUGUAUCUAAGCAGACUGGAGACACUGAGCACAGUAACAAACACGAGGCAGUUCUUUGAUGCAAUUACAGCCUGCAUUAAGGCUAAUGAAAGCUGCAGCAGUUCGGAAAUAGAAUAAUGUUAUUAUACACCUGUGGUGUUGCGCUUCUCUCUGUAAACACUGAAAUGCAAAAUGUGCUUUUCAGAUCUUUGUUAUAUAAACAGCUGCCAUAAAAGCGUGCUGAUGAGCUUGUGAAGAACAGGAGGGAUGGAAAACAAUAAGAUCAUGCUGCAACACCUUAGAAGUGCACUUACUGUAAUAUUGAUUCACAUUUUCCUAUUGGCACUGAUAGUUCAAAGAUGAAUAAAAGCCUAUUGACAGCUGCAGCAAGGGCAAAUAGCUUACCAAUUAUUAUGUGAGCAAAAUGAUGGUCAAAUAAAAAAGUUCAUAGAUCAGUGUUGCCAAACUGAAUGGUGUAAGAUUGUGCUCAAGUCAUUGCCAAAGCUCAAUCCUGAAGUUCUCAUGUGUGUUACAUAGCAAGGUAUGAUGGAUUACAUUCCACUGGCUAUCCUUAAUGAGGUAUUGUGAUAGAAGCUUCACCUAUGAUUCAUAAUAUUGUUUAGUGACACAUUAUCAUGUAGAAUUUGGCUUGGAGAGGCAUUGGAGUGUGGCAUUUGGCCUCUAGUGCCAAUAAUUUCCUAAUGAAAGUAAAAUCUUAACUUAGUGGGUGAAGGUCAAAUAGCAAAAACUACUGACAGCUACUUAUUUUGUGAGAACCUUUUUAAAAAUACCUGUUUUCAGACACUGAAUGUUUAAGCAAUCUUUGCACAAAAGCCUUGGUGAAUAAUCAGUAAAUGUAAUAUGACUGCAGUCACUCCAUUUUAUAUGCAUGAACUGUCAUGUACCUGCAAGGGGUGGAUAACUGUCAAACAUUUAAACGUCAGGGAGCAGCAGAUGAUUAGGCAACUGUAAGAAAAUGUUACAAGCCACGUGCAAGCUACAGUGGUUUAGGAAUGUCCCUGAAAGUGUAGUAGAAGAAGGUCAUGUUGACUUUCUAAUCAUUUAUGGCAUUUUCUUAAAAAGGUUUAAUUUAGCUAAUGAUGUAAACAAAAUUUAAUGCAGUUUGCCUAAUUUUGCCUAAUUCCCUUCCUAUUUUCUGUUAUCUGUUAUUGAAGAGAGCAGGACAGAAAUUUACAAUGCUCGCUUGAUUUUAUUGUUGGUGUUUGUAUGCCUGGGGCUUUUUUUACUCCUAUAAUUAAAUACUAAGGUUAAUGUUGUUUAAUGCAGAAUUUAACACUUAUUUUUUUAGAAAAAAAAACAGGUUUUGAUCUAUGAACUCUUCCACUGUAUAUCUCACACAAACACACAUAUGGAAGAAGAUGCAGUGACAUAUUUUGCAUUGUAAUAGUCAUAUAGGGGUUCGGGGUCAUGCUUUCAGCAGCUUAAUAAAUGUCAAAGAGAUUACUUUGUUAGUCCUAACAUGCAAAUCACUGAGUCGAAUUCAUUAUACUUUUAAUGAGCGAAAUAACCUCACCAAUUGCAGGAAGGAGCUAAUUGCCCUAAAUAUGUCUCUGUCAAACCCUGAGAUGAAUUUGCCAGGCUACUCAUUUGCAUAUUUGCAGUACAAGAGUCCACACUUAAUACUUUAGAAACAAUUGCUGUAUCAUCAGAGAUCAGGCAUCUGUUACAAAGCAUAUAUAAUUUUAUAAAUAAACAGUCACACAUUAAUAGGAUUGCAGUAUGUGGCAAAACUGGUACUUCAAUGUUAUUUUAUAUCAUUUCUUGUAUAUUCAAAGAGUGUCUCUGUAUUCUGGUGCAUGAUGGUACCCAUUUGCAUGUAUGAAAUGCUUUAUUAUUGAAGUGCAUAGGAUGUAGUGGCAAAUCCUGCAAACAUAUUACUUUCUUGCUUUGGUAAGAGAAACAUUCUUUGUUGUCUGUAGGAGUGUGAUUGUAAUCCAGGCCAGACGGAGGGGUUUUCUGCUCUGGAACUUGGUGUGAUACAGACAGUCCUGGAUACUGUCCAAGGUCUUGACUCUACUACUGUGAUUACUGUAUUCUGUCACCUGACACAGAGGAACACUGGAGAGAUGGCGAGAGAGAGCUAGGGAGGAACGGAAAGUGAGAAAUGCUGGCAAGGAACACGGUAGAAAAUAAAGUAUAGAUUGUAUCCAUUAGCGGGUGCUGCAGUGAGUGUGGUUUAUGGAGUUAACAAGAGCUGGAAAAAAAGGUGGAACAAUUCUUUAAAUAUGUAACACAAUUCAGGAGCUGUCUUUAAAACCACACAGAGUCAUCAAGUGAAAGACUGAAAAUGAGCAGCAGUUGAAAAAAAAAUGUAUUUGCCUUUUGGUGUGAUUGGAUUCUUUAUCAGAGGCAACACUGAGAAGUGUUUUUUUAUUCUGAGAGACUCAAUUCAUUUAGCUCCCAUCAGAGCUUUAAUGAAACAUGUUUGCUCAAUUUAGUUUUAUGUCUUUGGUGUUCCUCUGCAAUUCAAUUAGGUGUGGGUGAUUUAGUGCUGGGCCUUAUGAAGUGAUUACUCUUCUCGUCCAAACCCUAUAAAUAAGCUUUUCCGUGCUUCAUUUCAUUCCAUUAUCAUUUGUUUGGUCUCUCUCCAGUGGUCCUGCUCCAGUGAGGAGGGCUUGGAAAGCUAGAGACGCAUGACAAAUUAAAGGAAAAACUGGUGGCUCUGUUAUUCUGUGGGAUUUUGCUUGCAUAGGAAGGGUCCACUUGUCCCAUGGAGGGAAAGGAUCACUGCAAAUACAAAGUUCUUCUUACUGAUCAUCUUUAUCCUAUGAUGAAAUAUAUCUAUUGUGAUGGGAGUGGUCUCUUCCAGGAUGACAACACCCUAUACACAGGGCACAAGGGUUCACUGAAUGGUUAUAAAGAAAGCAUCACAUUUGGUCAAUUUCAGUCACCAUUCUCAACCCAAUUGAACAGCAAAUCAAAAGGGAGGGAGGAAAGGAGGGAAUAUCCUUUGGAAGAAUGGUGUUCAUGCCUCCAGUGCUGGGCAAUGGUACCUCAGUAUUUAAGGCAUUGUGUGACUGGGCUACUUGAUUGGAAGGUCAUGAGUUCAAAUCCCAGCAUCACCAACCCUUGAGCAAGGCUUUAACCCUCAACUGCUCAGUUGUGCCCUGUCUCCACUGAAAGUCAAGUCAAGUGGGUUUUUAUUGUCAUUCCUCUUUAGAGCUUAUGUACAUUCACUGUCCACUUUAAUAGGAACACCUGUACACCUGCUCUUUUAUACAGUUAUCCAGUCAGCCAAUUAUGUGGCAGCAGCACAGUGCAUAAAAUCAUGCAGAUACACGUCAAGAGCUUCAGUUAAUGUUCACAUCAAACAUCAGAAUGGGGGCAUUGUUGGUGCCAGAUGGGCUGGUUUGGGUAUUUCAGAAACUGCUGAUCUAGGGACAACAGUCUGUAGAGUUUACACAGAAUGGUGCAAAACAGCAACAACAACAACAACAAAACACUGAGUAAGCGACAAUUCUGUGGGUGAAAACGCCUUGUUGAUAAGAGAGGUCAGAGGUCACAGGAAAAUGGCCAGAUUGGUUUGAGCUGCCAGGAAGGAUAUAUUAACUCAUAUAAUCACGCUUUACAACAGUGAAGAGCAGAAAAGCAUCUCAGCAUGCACAAAACAUCGAACCCUGAGGUGGAUGGGCUCUAACAGAAGACCACAUUGAGUUCCAUUCCUGUAAGCCAAGAACAAGAAUCUGAGUCGUUCUUCAACUCCACCAGCCUGUCUGGCACCACCAAACCAUGCCACUAUUAAAGACACAGAGAUCACAUUUUCCCCAUUCUGCUGUUCGAUGUGAACAUUAACUGAAGUUCUUGACCUGUAUCUACACGAUUUUACACAUUGCACUGCUGCCACAUGAUAGGCUGAUUGGAUAACUGCAUAAAGGAGCAGGUGUAUAGGUGAUCCUAUUAAAGUGUACAGUGAGUGUACACUGGAACGAAGACAAUAAAUGCACAGAACAAUAAAAAACUGUAAACUAUUGGGUAGUGUAGCAAGUGUCUGUUGCAGCUUUGUAAAGUGCAGGUGUGCAGUGGUAUUGAGUCCUACUGGGUUAGGUGUUUGCUAGCCCAGGUGAGCACUGGGAGGCAGCAGGGUGUUGAGCAAUCUGACUGUGUCAGUGAUGAAGCUGUUGCGGGGUCUGCUGGUGGUGGCAUGGAUGCUCGUUUACCUUCUGAGAGAUGACAGGAGGGUGAAGAGACCAUGAGAUGGGUGAGAGGGGCCGUCGGCAAUGCUGGGGGCUUUGCGGAUGUAGCGGUUAUUGUACGAGGCAGUAAUGGUUGGUAGACAGCCCCGAGGAUCUUUUCAGCUGUUCUCACAAUCUGCUGUAGGGUCUUGUGGUCAGAGACCAUGCAGUUCCCAUACCACAUGGUGAGACAGCUGGUCAGGAC